AUGGCGUCCCUUGAGCCACGUCCCACAACCAUCCAGUUUGGCGACAUGGGUGUUACGAAGGUGUUGCGAACAAAUUCCAGCAUGAAGCCGGCUUCAUCAACCAAUGUUGCCGCCGAGACCGUGACAUCGUCCGACCAGCCUAUGCCAGUAAUAGUGCAGCAGCCCGUUGAAAGCCAGUCGAACGCCCAUACGACCGUUGACCAUCCAGAUAACUUGUGCCCAAGCCUAGCCGGCAGUCAGGAUAGAUCUGGAAAGGCCAUUGUUAAGCAGCAGCUCGAGCCGCCGGAAAAAGACAAGCUGUCCUCGGAAUUUGCAGAAAGGGGCGAGUACAGCUCCUCCACGAUAAGAAAGCGACCGCAGCCACGCAAAGGGGUGUCGACCUUGUUGGAACAGGAGCAAGGUAGGCAGAUCAAGAAGAAGAACAACAGUACGAGUCAUUUGGCACCGCAGGCGUUUCGUAAAGAAAAUGCAGAAGAGCGCCAACCGGGCGCUGGAGCUGGCCAGUCGAAAAGUUUACAGAGAAACCUGAUGAAGGACGACGAGGCGGGAGUCAAGCCUCUGAACGUACGCCACGAGCAGGGGUCUACACGUUCUGGGAACGCUACAUCUCGGAUAACAACCAAAGAGCUUGGGUCGCUCAAGCACUACCGCGAGUCUCAAGCCAGCGAUAAUGUGUCGAGCAACAUCUAUGCAGCCUUAUCCUCAAGCGCAGGUUUGCAGGAUCCCCAUGUCAACAAUACUGAAGGGCCAGAUGUUGGGCCAAGGCCAUCAUCAGUCCUCAUGGACCAAGGCUCAUCCAACAAUACGGACGGCGGCACAGGCCGGGUGCUUCAAUCAGAGUUUAAGCCGGCUGCCGAGACGCCACCUUCGGGCCAAGUGUCGCAGUCUGCUACUGCACCCCAUGAGACAACGAGUUUGGAGAUGAGCUCUGAACAACCUGUGAAGAAGAACAACAAAAAGAAAAGAAAGAAGAAACUACAGCAAGCAGACCGCAAAAAAGAGACGGACAACAAAGCCUUGGAUGAGCAGGCUCUUCAAGAGGCGUACAAAUUAGUCCAGAGGGAGAAGAAAGCGCAGGAAGCCUGCAAUAAAGAAGAAGCGCAGAACAAGGAGGCAGCAAAGAAAGCAGAAGCCCUUGCUCAGGAACCAGCGAAGAAGAAAGAGAACAGUGAAUGGAGGGCGUUAUGGCAUCUAGAGAAAAGCAAAGCAGCUGCUUCAGAGUCUGAUGGGCGCUCAGAGGCGGAGAUUCAUGAAGGCGAGGGUAUCCUUUGUGACAUUGAUGGUUGGAGGCUUCUGCUGCGGCCUCAUACAGUGGACCACUCUCCCAGCCCGUGGAUCACUCCCUUUGGGGUCAACGGGUCGGGUGCUAUCACACAGGACAUUGGUGAAGACCACGAAUGUGAUCCCAGAAACGAUGGGGAGAAUGGCAUUGGCGUCAAUGAGUCAUGGCCACAUCACCCACCGUUUCGGAAGCUACCAAGCGAUUGUUCAGCAACGACUGCGUCCACUAUCACGCUGGGGCGUAAUAACGUGCACGCAUCGUGA